AUGUGUCCUCCAGCAGGAAGCGAGCACAGCCAACAAAACAAACUGUUGGUACUGUCUGAUAUUGUAUUUCAAGAGAGAUUUUUUCUGAGGAGCAGUGAAUCGCUCCUCUAUGCAACACCCAGAUAUUGCCUUUUUGCUCUUCUGAGUCACAGUGUUUUACUUUCAUUUGUUUUUUAAGCUGUUAAUUUGCAAACACAAAAACCUCUUAGGAGGGUGAACUUCUCAGUGAGUUUGAUUUUAGCAGAAGCCUGUAAAGCACUUACUGAAGAGAAGGUGUCCUUCUGGAGGAAAAUAGCGUUCAGAGAACCCAACUGCACAGAGUACAUCACACAGAACCCCAUCACUGCACCCUUGCAGCCCAGGAGCCUCCUGCACCCUCACUUCGUGACAUUGCACGAAGAGUUUGAGACCUUUGAGCUUUUCUUCAGGGAGCUAUUCACACUCCAGAAUGUCUGCUGUGCUCAUGUGGAUGUCAUUCAAGGACCAUCUCCCUUCCAGCAGAGGUCUAGGGCAGCAUCUCUCCUGUGGACUGACCUCCACUGCAUGAGAGACCUGCUUGCCUUGGCCAUGCCCUGGUGCUACCUACUCAACACCUGUGGUCAGGACCUCUCCUUGAAGAACAGCAGGGAGAUCAUCCACCUUCUGAAGGGCCUUGAGGGCAAGAACAUUGCACCCAGGGUCCUGCCACCUCCCCACGUCACCAUGUGCAAAUACGUGCACAGGGAGCAAUUUUACUCUUCCUUUUCUUUCAUGCUGUGGACAUUUGUGUGCAAGAUGCCCCUGGCCACAAAACCUGACCAUCUAUUUUGGCUCAGGCUGUCACCUGGCUCUUUAUGGGGUUCAUUGCAGGACCAGUGUGCUCUCCAUCUGCUGGCCUGGCCCAAGGACACCAGCAGCCCUGAGAGACAAUUCUGGGUGAUGUCCUGCAGGAUCCCAGUUUCAGAUGUCCCAGGAUCCAUAGCCAACACAUGAUGGGGAGGUGGAAGUGGUGAA